CCCUGAAAUUGAUGACACAGAAUGUGUUUGUGUGGAUGCAUAUUGACGCAACAGCAAUGAACUAUGGUGCUAUAUAGAGUAUAAACUCUGGUAUUUAGCAUGGGAAUUAACCAAGUAUGAUUCGUAACUUACACCAAUACAAAUGUUUAGUAAAACCCUAAUUUAAUUCAAAUGAAUUGAAUCGUGAAGCAAGUUUUGAAAAGUUACAAAUCAAUUUAGGCAACGACAUAACGGGUUCAAGAGAAAUAUACAGAAUAAAGUUUUAUCAAAUACUUCCUUUCAUUUCAAAUUACUUUUUUAAUUCAUUUUGCAGAUAAAAUAACUACUUGCUCUAAAAUGGCACUGAGUUUUGAAGAAGUCAUCUUGAUGUUAAGGAAUGCUUUGACAUUUGAAGAGAUGAGUUUCAACAUUUCAUCAGCAAGAAAUGCUGAAACUUUGAAACAUUAUACACGAAGUAGACUUCAGAAGUUGAAAGAAAAGGAUGACAGAAUCAAAUUAAAAAAAUAUCGUUACAUUGACAGCCUUGAAAUUGGCGAGAUGACUGGAAAAGAAAUCUUAAGAGUUUUGGUUCAAGUUGUUAACAGUGAGUUAAAAGUUGGGAGUUGCUUGCUUGUGUCAGUAGAUGGAGUGGCUGAAGCUGCAUUUGCAAGAACACAUGAAUUUCAAUUUGACACUUUAACAGAGAGAAUAGAAGACGUUUCCAAAAAGGGUUUGUACACAAAACUGUUUGAUGACAAAAGAAUUGAUGAAUACCAACAAACACCCGCAAUAAGACAAUACUAUACCAAGCAAAUAAUUCAACAACUAAGGCAACAGCUUCAACAAAAGUGGGAUGUGUUCAUGACAAAAAAAUAUCGAGAAUCUGAUCCACUUUGGAGAAAAGCAUUUUUUGGUAUUUUGUGCGAGGUGGCGAAACUAGAAGCAAACCUUGAACAUAAAAUACCAGAAAGAGAAGAACUAAAGCAAGUUCCAGAUGCUGCUUGUAUCCAAAUGGCUGUUGAUUCACAAAGAAGUGGUUUGCUGCAAGAUGUAUUUGGGGAGCACGAGUUCGAUAAGAAAUGGAGGCAAGCUUAUAUUGAAGAUCCAAAUCGAAGGGAAAUAUACAAGGAGAGUCUCAAAUAUCGCCGACAGCAAAGAAUUAAUGCAACGAAGCUGAUCAUGGAAAGGUACAUUCCAGCAAACAAGUACGACAGAUACAACAGAGAUGAUGUGGAGAAAGUUAUUAUGAAAACACGGGAAAUGUUUAUGUAGAAUACAACGUGGAGAUAACUUCAAUAUGUUGGGUUAUAUCCCACAACAAAUAUUUUAACAAACAACAAGAUCUCAUUAAUGUUGAACAACACGCUAACUGAUACGCCAUUUCCUUCAUGUGUAUAUGAUAUACACACAUAAUAUGUGCACCAAAUCUUACUUUUAGAUGUGUUUAAAAGAAUAAUGCUUUACUAGUGUAUUAUAUCUGGGCUAACUUUGGAAUUUAAUUAUAUUUAAUUAACUCCACAAGUAGUUUAAACAACUUUAAUCUAAUGAUUACAAAUGUUAAACUAUUGCACUUACUGUUUGGCAACAGACAGUUUCACUUUCUGCUACAUUAUGCUUCUUAGUUCAACAUUACAUAUUUAAAUAACUGUGUUUGUGUUGUAAUAUGUAAAAUUACAAUCUGAAACAUAAUUCC